AUAAAAGCACCUGCUGGAAUCUGCCAAACUUCCUUCAACGCCACUGCAGCCAAAAGAGAGCCAUGACUCCACGAUGCUGCAUCCUUGCUGUCUCGGCUGCUCUCUGCAUCCUCUUGUUCCUCUGCUCACGUGGAGCCCCAGUGUCCCCCACAGGCACUCAUCUGAUGUUGUGCCAGCCACAUGAGAGAUGUGGUGACAAGUUCUACGACCCCCUGCAGCACUGUUGCUAUGACGAUGCCGUGGUGCCCUUGGGCAGGACCCGGAAGUGUGGAAACUGCACCUUCAGGGUCUGCUUUGAGCAGUGCUGCCCGUGGUCGGUCAAGAGGACCCAAGAGUCCUUCGUGGUAAAGGUGAAAGGUCAAGAUUGUCACUUGGGCCCAUCCUCGGAUGACAGUGUUUGUCGCAGUGUCAGCUGACAAGGGAUCAGGGGACCAGAAGACAGCUGGAUGCUGCUUCCUGAAUGAGCCUGGAGAGAUGUGGUGUCGCCUUAGAUCUGGGACAUGACGUGGUUAUCUGGGGACAGGAGACGCUCAGACUUAAUCCACCUUCCUCAUUCUUUCUCGUCCUUAACUUUCAGCCUGAAUCUGUUCCGAACAGGGUGACCAGUCAGUCCCCUUUCUACGACCCUGGACAAUUGCAAGAGAUUAUUUUGCUGUUAGAGGCGCUGAGGGCCGUGACCUCUCGCAAUUACCCCUAUGACCAAUACCAUGAGGCAGAGUCCCCAGGCUGGCACUGGGGACACUUCAUGAGAUCUGUCAUUCCUUUUGGCAUUUUCUCCACCAGGUGGAAAACACAAGGCACUUUAUAAAUUUUGCAACCUUACAUGCUGUUAUAGCGGGAGCUUGAAGCAUAGGGAAUGGUCCUUAACGGUGGACAUGAGUCCAUUCUCUGGCUUCCAGAGGUGGCAAGGUACACCCACUUUUUCUGAUUAUGAACAAAUUUCAAGAUACUGUCACCUCCUGAUUUCACUGAAUAAA